CCUGGAUGUGAUGCUGUCGUUUCAAGAUCACUGACCAAUCAGAGGAGGAGGCGGAGCUUCCCUUCCUGGCCACUUCAUUUGCAGCCACCUGUCAAUGGACCAUGUGUGUGCAUGCGUGUGUGUGCGUUGGUGUGGACAUGGACAUGUGUGAAGGUGUUCAACUGUCACUGCUGAGAACCUGACGGAGAACGGAGCUGAGGCUGCAGCAGCUGCUGGACUUUAUCUUCUGCUGGAUUUGACUUUUUUUAACCAUGGAUUUUCAAGAGGAUCAGUUUUACAAUGAUGCAGCAGGCGUGGGACAGAUCUGAGCAACCAUGUGUGUCCGUGUCUGAGAGUGUGUGUUCAUCCAAGAGUGUCUCUGCCUGAGAGCGUGUGUGUGUCCAAGAGUGUGUGUUUUUGUGUGUGUCUGUGUGUGUGUGAGAUAGCGUGUGGGCCCCGCAGUGUGACACAACAAGCCAGAGAUGAAGAUUGUUCUGCCUGUGUGUGGGGACGAUGAGGAGCGCGACUCCCGCAGCCUCCACAGUAAGAUGGGGAGGAUGAGGAAGAUGAGGAAGCUGCUGCGGCACAGUCACAGCGUGGACGUCUACAUGAACUCAGAGCCUGGAGUUUGGCUCAGGAGCUUCCACCUGCUGGACACCGAGGCACUGUACGAGGAUCCAGUACAGGAGUGGGGGGAGGAGGAGGAGGACGGAGCAGUCUUUGGCAUCACACUGCGCAGGGAGCCGGUACUGCCAUGUUCUGAAGCCUCAGACUCUUCCUCAGACUCGACCUCCGAGUCACCCACAGCCUUUAGCUUCAUCCAGUACCACACGGUAAAGGCACGCAGGCUGAAGGCAGCCACUCUGGAGCGUCUGGUCACCCACCUGCUGGACCCAGAACACCAGGAGCCAGACUUCACGCCCAUCUUCCUCUCUACGUACAGAGCCUUCACCUCCACCAACACCCUUGUUGAGUUGCUCUUUCAGAGAGAUGACUCGGUCACAAACCUGGACAACAGUGUCUGCCCUCGUAGUAUUCUGCCUUCAUUGAUUCGGCGGUGGCUGGAGGAGUACAGUGAAGAUUUCCAUGAACCUAAACAGUACCAGGCCCUCCGGUUGUUGUGUGUACAUUUACGGCAUCGCCUCUGCUUCAGACGAUUGGCUCAGGCCGCGGAGACCCUGCUGAAGACCUUCCAGGAGCAAGAUUGCAGCUGCUCUGCGUCAACACACGGCAGUAAAUCUCCACAGGAGCAGGAGACCAAACAGGAGGAAGAAGAUGGAGGAGGAGGAGGAGGAGGAGGAGAAGAGACCUCCUCCAUGGACGAAGACAACAACAGCUUCAUGGACUUCAGUGUGAGAGAAAUAGCGGAGCAGCUGACCCGUCUGGACGCUGAUCUGUUUGUUCGGGUGGUGCCCUUCCACUGCCUGGGCUGCGUCUGGUCCCAGCGUGACAAGAAGGAAAACCAAAACCAGUCUCCCACGGUCCGCGCUACAAUCUCCCAGUUCAACGCCGUCACCAACCGUGUCAUCACCUCACUUCUCUGUCCGUCCUCACCAUCCCCUUCCACGUCUUCCCCCCUCUCAUCACCCCGCUCCUCCAUGGCCUUCACGUACCCAGCAACAAGCCCGAGCUUACCUCGCUGUCUGCAUGCAAGCCCCGCCCACAGGGCACAUAUCAUUGAGAGGUGGAUUGCCGUUGCACAGGAGUGUAGAGAGCAGAAGAACUUCUCCUCACUGAAGGCCAUCCUCUCAGCCCUGCAGUCAAACGCAGUCUAUCGCCUCAAAAAGACCUGGUCGGCGGUCUGCAGGGAGAGCAUGGCAACGUUUGACCACCUGUGUGAGACUUUUCCUGAUGAGAACUGUGUGCUCACCACCAAGGAGAUCCCAAUGGAGAACCUGAGCAGUGGUUUUGUUCCGUACCUGGGCACUUACCUGACUGCCCUCACCAUGCUGGACACUGCACUGACAGACAACAUUGAGGGAGGACUGAUCAACUUUGAGAAACGCAGGCGGGAGUUUGAGAUUCUCUCCCAGAUCCGACAGCUCCAGAUGUCCUGUUCUCACUACAGCUUCACAGAGAACCCUCACGUCACUUCCUGGCUGCAGACACACACUCUGCUCACCGACCAGGAGAGUUAUGAGCUCUCACGGGACCUGGAGCCUCCAGUUGAUCCUUGUCCCAGUCGUCUGCUCUCAAAGAAACUGGCCUCAUUGCGGUCUUCUGGUGACAGUUCCACCAGAAAAACCCACUCUGACCAGAUCAGUGUGUCGUCAGGCUCCAGCAGUUCAGACAUGGAGGAGCUCUCUGCUCCUCAGUCGUCUCCUCUCAGACUCAAACUAAAGUCUCUGUCAGGUUCUCUCCAUGAUGUAGCCGAGGACUUCUGUUCCUCCUCAUCGUCCUCCUCCUCUCCUAGUCUUUGCAGUUCCUCCUGUAGCUCCUCUCAGCCAGACCUCAGCUCCUCCUGUCUGGGGAUGAGCUCUGACUCGUCCUCCUCCUCUCCCUCCUCCUCCUCCUGCUCCUCCUCCUCCAGCUGCUCCUCUCAGGCCUCACUGCCGGUCUACAACAAACAGAUCGCUGAUUCCUGCAUCAUCAGGGUCAGCGUGGAGUCUGUCAGUAACGGAAACAUCUACAAGAGCAUUCUGGUGACCAGUCAGGACCACACGCCCCAGGUGGUUCAGAGAGCUCUGGAGAAACACAACAUGGAGGACGUUAACUACCUCGACUUCACGCUCUUUCAGAUGCUUAACAACGGAAAAGAGCUCCAGAUCCCUGACAAAGCCAAUGUAUAUUAUGCCAUGUGCACCACUGCCAACUUUGACUUUGUGCUGCGCCAGCACUGGAGGAUCCACAGGAGACAUCUGGGCUCGGCUUUCAGCACUGCUGCUUCAGCCAAGGGCCGACACGUGAAGUGACCAGCAUCUGUUGGACAAUGGAGCUGCUCCCCUGCAUCCACAACGGCCACACGAGGGCGCCAUCUGUGCUGGUUUUCAUGCACACCCCAGGCCGAGGUUGUAGCUGAGCAACAGAUACCCGGCUGCUGCUGCACAGAAACAGAGAGUGUUGACUGAGCGGAGGCCUCUGACUGCAGCAGUGUUGUUGUGUCAUAGUUCUUUUAUACAAUGGUGUCUGAUGAUUUGAGACAGAUGAACACCUGAGAUGACCUCUGUGUUUGUGCUCAGUAGAUCAUUUUAACCACUGUCACUCAGGAUCUCUCUCCCACAGGUGAACAAACUUUUGAGGUUUGUAGUGAAUCCUGCAGAAGGAUUCUUUUCUUUUCACUUCAGCCACUAACACUCACCAGAGGCAGCAGCUCUGGUUUGAACUCUACAGUGGAACAUUGGAUGAACGUGGCUGGAGCUGCAGAGACUACGGACAGAGGAGAAGUUGUUUUGUUUGACCACAGGAACUGCAGAGUCGCUCACCUACACUGAACAUGAUAAAGGAGAGGGAAAAAAGGGUGAGAACGACUCUGGGUUCUAUGAUGAUGAAGUGUGUCCCAGUUGACCUGGGAGGUCUUCAGUGAAUUUGUGUGAAAUGUUGAUGUAACUUAACAGUAGUUUUAAUCAAUUUAACUCUUUAUUUAUUGCAUUUCAGUAUUCUGCUCUCAGAGCAAAUGUAGCCUGAAUAGAAAUGUGUGAAGUGUUUUUUAAUGUCCAUAUCAGAUCUGCUCUUACUGUCUUUAACCUGCCUUUUUUUUUUACCUCAGGAGCUCAGAUGGUGUGAAUGAUGAAGUAGGUUUUCACUGUCUGCUGUGAGUGAAUGAAGGAGACUCUAAGGUGUUCAUACAGAGAGGACAGUGUGGACAGUGUAAUGAAUGUGUUCAAUGACCAUGAGGACGACUGAUCAGUGAUAGGGAACCACUCAAAGGUGAAAUCUAAUCGUUUUUAACACACAGGAGAUUGUUGUUUUUGUGCAAUUGUUCUUCAAAUAUUCUGAAAAAUACUGUAUUGCAAAUGCAAUGCAACAUGAACUGGUUUCAAGCAAGGUACCACUGUGCAUAUUUCACACAGUAAAAUGAUGUUCUUGUUUGAAGCAUAUACUACUGUUUUCUUCAGUCUGUUCUAGCGGUGGUAUUGACCCGACAAAUUGUUAGGAUCUUGAGACGUUGCUCUGUGCUCCGAUACUAUUUUGUCUUUGCUCUGAAUCGCGUACUCGUAGCCUGUGUCUAAAUCUGACUCGUUAUAAGCAGGUCCCUGGAUGCAGCAGUUCUGAACAGCUUUACUGGAAGAGACUGAAGGUGAACAGAGGUAUGUGGCUCUUGGUACCAACACUGGGUUGAUACGCUUCAUUCACCAGGAGUUAAAUGUGCACAGUGGUGACUUUAAAAAGUGAUUCAUGUUGCAUGUCAUUUGUAAUAAUAUUUUGAGCUGUUACAGUAACUAAUGUGAACUAAAUUCUUGUUUACUAACAGUAAACAACAGGACUGUGUGUUGAAAAACUUUCAGGUUUCUCCUUUAGGAAAAAAAUAAAGGAUAACAAAGGACCAUAGUGAGUAUAGUAUAUGAGAAAAGAAAACGUUUCAAUUUGAAUUUGAAAUAUGUAAAAAAUACAGUACUGUGCAAAAGUCUUAGGACACAAACCAGGACUAUUCAUAACAAUUUUUAUUUUCUUCCUAUUUUCCCACUAUUUUAAUGGUACCAAAUGUCUUCUGAUAGACUGCACUUUAACUCCCCUAGUCCAUUGUUUUGCCUGUCCGUUUUUAAUGUACGGAUUGAGAUUUCUUUGGUUAUUGUGUGGCUCUUAAACAUUUUCACAGUACAGUACAGAGCAUGAUCUUCUCAGUGAUGUAAAGUCCUCCACUGCAGCAGUGUGUGUGAAUUUAGCAUUGGUUAAUGUCACGUAACCAGGAAUCUAAGGUUCUGUUCUCCAGUCAUUUAGAGAUGCACACAUAUAGUUGUAAAGUUGUUUUUUGUGCAGAAUUUUGCAUCACUGAGCUGAAAAGUUUUUGUUGUUUUUUUUUCCCUUCUGUGUAUCAAUUGAAGGUAAGAUUUGAAGUGAAUUAGACUUGGCAGCUGCAAUAUCUGAAGGAGGAAACAUAGACUUGUUGAUUUUUCUGUCUGUUUUUUGUAAUGUGUUGCUGUCAAUUCUCCCCUAUGACUUUUUAAUGCCAUGCACAUGUUUUUAUUUCAAAGCAUUUUAUUUUAAAGCAAUGCACUUUCUCUGUGUGUGUGUGUGUGUGUGUGCGUGUGUGUACGUGUGUAUAUGAAGCAAUAAAUGUCCACUAAUAAAAGUCAUUUACAAUUCUUCUGGACACGUGAUCCUCUGUUGAGCUUGAACUCACGUUUGAGGACAAUGUAUCGGUGUUUACAGCUGUACCUUUAAGCUGUUUAUCCACUAGGUGGAGCCAGACACGUAACAUUCUGCUUCGU